AUGGCCGAUAACAACUCAGGUCCCUUCCAUCUCCCGAAUGGCAACCCUAAAACGGUCAUUGUCACGGGCGGCGCAGGUGGAAUCGGCGCCGAAACAAUCCGCUCCUACUACUCUCACGGCUGCAACGUUGUGAUAGCCGAUCUGCCUCUCGCCAAAGAUGCGGCAAACAAAAUCAUGUCCUCCCUUGCAGACCCCAAGCGAGCGCUCUACCAUCCAACCAACAUCGUGGACUGGGAAGAUAUGAAGGGUUUGUUUCGAGAGACCAAAGCAAAGUUUGGGCAGGUGGACAUUGUGAUUGCGAAUGCCGGACUGAUGGAGAGUAAGGGCUUCUUUGACUUCGAUGAAGACGAACAUGGGGAGUUGAAGGAGCCGAGUGAGGCUUGGAGGGUUGUAGAUGUCAAUCUAAAAGGGAGUAUGAACAACGGCGCACGAGGCUCGGUGGUGCUCAUCGCUUCGACGUCUGGAUACUUCGGCGGUACAGGAGUAGUUUCGUACAUUUCAUCCAAGCACGGUGUCGUCGGUCUCGCUCGCGCUUCACAAAAUGUUGCGAACAAGCUUGGGGUUCGUGUCAAUGUUGUUGCACCCUUCUUUACGCCGACGUACAUUACGACAGGUUACUCGGAAAAGUGGAAAGAGAGGGGUUUGCCAGCGAAUACGGUCGAGGAUGUGGCGAACGCGAUCGUGUCUACUAGCACUGAUCCAGAGAGAAAAGGGCAUAGUAUGAUGGUUGCAGGAAGCCUACUCAAAGAGGUCGAAACAGCCAGAACAGCAUUGACAAAAGAGUGGCUAGGCGAAGAGAUUGCCGAUGUCAUGGCAAAAGGCGGAAAGUUCUUCGAGGACAUGGGCGGUUAUACACUACCGAAAGCCCGAUCGUGA